GUGGCGGCUGGGAAGUGUACCCGGGGUUGCCGGGGUAACGGUGGCCGGGAGCGCGGUGAUGGAGCGGCUGCUGCUGCUGCUGCUACUGCUACCUGUAUUGGCGUUGCUCGGCGUCGUCUCGCCGGUGGACGUGGAGACCGACGGAGGCUGGCAUACAGAUCACUCCAUGCAACUGGUUGAUAAAGGAUCAUGCAAUGUGGAAGUGAGAGACUCUUUGACUUAUUCCGAAUUUAUUCACUGGUACGCAUAUACAAAGCCAGUGAUUAUUCGAGGACUCACCCAGAAUGAGCAAUUCAGGGCUCUCUGCUCGAAGCAAAGACUUCUGCAGGAGUUUGGAAAUCGGUUGGUGAGACUGAGCACAGCAAACACUUACUCCUAUCAUAAAGUUGAUGUUCCUUUUAAAGAAUAUGUUGAGUACAUGAUGAAGCCUCAAUCUUUGAAGUCUUUGGGUAAUGAUACACUGUACUUUUUUGGAGAUAACAAUUUUACAGAGUGGGGCUCUCUCUUCAAAACAUACAUCCAGCCUCCAUACCGCCUCCCUGGGACCAAAGGAGCUUACAGCUUUGGGAUAGCUGGAGCAAGUACAGGAGUGCCUUUUCACUGGCAUGGAGCAGGAUAUUCUGAGGUUGUAUACGGACGAAAGCGCUGGUUUCUUUAUCCACCAGACAAAACACCAGAGUUUCACCCAAACAAGACCACCCUGUCGUGGAUACUUGACACAUAUCCAUAUUUAUCAGAGGAGGACAAACCACUGGAGUGUACCAUACACCCAGGAGAAAUACUGUAUUUUCCAGAUCACUGGUGGCAUGCUACUUUUAAUAUCGACAGCUGUGUCUUCAUUUCUACAUUUUUAGGGUAAACUCUUGUGAACUCUAGGAAAAGAUGCAUGCUUACCCAGUUCAUUUCCUGAAUCUACACUGGAUCAAGACCAUAUGAUCUUCUAAAAACAGCUGCCCAAAAUUGGUAUGCGAACAUGACUGGAAAAAGCCAUGCCAAGGUGUAAACAUAAAUACAACUGAGCUUCCAACCCAACCUACAAAUGAAAAGAGAAAAACAGCACAGGGGUUCCACCCAAAACAGUAUCUAAUCCUUUUCUCCAGAGAUGCUGUCUGACCCGCUGAGUCACUCCAGCUUUGUGUCCAUCUUCACACUAUAAUUUCAGUUGUCUUUUCCAUUGGGGGUGGAGUGGUGCUCAGGAUGCUAAUUUGGGGCUGAACCACCACACACCUAUACACUGGACAUCAUUAUUGAAAAAGGUUCUCCAGCUGAACAUAGAAGUCUCAGAGUUUAAAAACAUUGAGUACAGAAAACUUGAACCACUAUUCUAUUCUGGUACUGAAACAAUUCAGUUAUUUUAAUGCAAGAAAUGUCGGAAUGGUUUACAAGCUUUGUUCUAUUCUCUAUGGUAUCUGAUUGUUAUUGCAUGUGGAGCUGCUACAUAUUGUUAUGGUAUCUCUUAGUUUAAGAAAGUGUCCUGUGAGAAUUCCUUAUUACUUUAAGGUAUGAAAUGUUUACAUUCCCUAUCUCAUACCACGUCAAAUUAGAGCAAUACCUAAAGAAACAAUUUUGAUUCACAUUCAUUUCUGGCUAUUCCAACGCACUUUAUAGCCACUAAGUACUUUUGAAGUGUAGUUAUUGUUAUAUCCAAAAAAUAUGGCAGGUUUGAAGUUAAAACAAUAAAGUGAAGGCCAGAUAAUCAGUUUAGUAAAGAUGAUUGUUCAAUAUUAGCUAGUACAGUCGGGUUCUCCCUUACUUCUCUUUGAAGUAAUGAGAGCAAUGAAACCCUUUAAGCCCCUGGCUCACUUAGGCGAUUUAUUUCGGCGACUACAGGCGAUUAGGCUGUUGCCACAUGGUCACGGGGUGAAGCCUGUAUGGUCGUGAGUAGCCUCCUCAAGUCGCCUAAA